AUGGCGCAUCAACUGAUUCAGCUGGAUCAAGAAAAAUUGAGCUGUUCUAUCUGUCUGGAUCUCCUAAAGGAUCCAGUCACUAUUCCCUGUGGGCACAGCUACUGCAUGAGCUGUAUCAAAAACUGCUGGGAUGAGAAUGAAACACACAGCUGUCCUCAGUGCAGGCAAACUUUCACACCGAGACCUGUCCUGGUGAAAAACACUAUGUUUGCUGAUUUAGUGGAGGACCUAAAGAAAGCAGGACUUCCAGCUGAUUCAUCUGGUCAUGCCUUUGCUGGACCUGGAGAUGUGGCCUGUGACUUCUGUUCUGUGAGGAAGCGGAAAGCCUCCAAGUCCUGCCUGGUGUGUAUGGCCUCUUAUUGUGAGCAGCACCUCCAGCCUCACUACAACGUAGCUCCAUUAAAGAAACACAAACUCAUCGAUGCCACUUCAAAGCUUCAGGAGAACAUCUGCCCUCGCCAUGAUGAGGUGAUGAAGAUCUUCUGCUGCACUGAUCAACGGUGUAUCUGUUAUCUCUGCUUAAUGAAUGAACACAAAAAUCAUGUCACAGUGUCAGCUGCAGCCGAAAGAGCUAACAAGCAGAAAGAUCUAGCAGGGAAUCGACAACAAAUCAAGAACAGAAUCCAAAACAGAGAGACGGAUGUGAACCUGCUUCAGCGUGAAGUGGAGGCCAUCAGUCUUUCUGCUGAUAAAGCCUUAAUGGAAAGCGAGAAGAUGUUCAAAGACUUAAUCUGUCUGAUUAAGAAAAAAAGCUCUGAGGUGAAGCAGAAGAUCAGAUCCAAGAAGAAAACUGAACAGACUCGAGUCAAAGAACUUCAGGAGAAACUAGAGCAGGAGAUCAGAGACCUGAGGCAGAAAGACACUGAAGUGGAGCAGCUCUCACUAACAGAGGAUCAUAUCCAUUUUCUUAAAAAUUUUUCGUCAGUGACACAUUUGAAUGAAUAUACAAAUUUACCGAGCACCUCCAACCACACUCUGCAGUACUUUCAAGGUGUGAUCGCUGCUGUAUUACAGGCCGGAAAUAAACUGACGAAUCUUCUGAGUGAUGAAUGGACAAAAAUUUCACUUGCAGUGAACAAAGCGGACGUGCUACUGCCUCAAGAAGAACCCACAACUAGAGAGGAAUUUUUGAAAUAUUCUUGUGGCAUCACUCUUGAUCAAAGCACAACAGAAACGUAUUUAUCACUGAGUGAUAAUAACCGAAAAUUGCAUGGAAAUCAAUCGUAUGGAAAUUACAGUGAAAACUGGCAUGUUUGUAGUAAAGAGGUUCUGACUGGACCUUGUUACUGGGAGGUAAAAUGGACUGGUGCAGUGACAGUAGGUGUUACAUACAUGUAUAACUCCUGUUAUGGGUCAAAGACUGAACGUGGAUUGGGAACAGAUCUCGAGUCUUGGGCAUUGAAGCUUUCACAUGGCAGUUAUCAAUUAAGACAUAAAAACAUUUCAACUUCCCUCUCAGGCCCUCAGUCUUUCACAGUUGGAGUGUAUUUGGAUCACAGAGCAGGUAUUCUGUCUUUCUACAGCAUCACUGAGACCAUGAAUCUCCUCCACAGAGUCCAGACCAGGUUCACUAAGCCUCUGUAUGCUGGAUUUUGGCUUCCACAGGAUUCUCAAAACUCUCUUGAAUUGUGUGAGUUGAAGGAGACAAGUGUUACUGAAUCAUGA